AUGGCCGCAGAGAGCCCUGCACGAUGUCUCCAGGCUGAAGCUAGUUGCCCCAUCUGUCAGGAGUAUUUUAAAGACCCGGUCAUUAUAGACUGCGGGCACAGUUUCUGCAGAGCCUGCAUCAGCCAGUGCUGGGAAGGGUCGGAUAUAGACGUCUCCUGUCCUCAGUGUGGAGAAACUGCUCCGCAGAGAAACCUCACACCCAACAGGCAGCUGGCGAAUGUCCUAGAAAUUGUCCAGCAGCUGAGUUUACAGGUAAUUGAGGAUGCAGGAUGGGAGCGAGUGUGCGGGGAGCACCAGCAGCCUCUCAAGCUGUUCUGUGAAGAGGAUCAAACCCCCAUCUGCGUGAUGUGUGAUGCAUCCCGGGCUCACGCCACUCACACGGUGGUUCCCAUCCAGGAGGCUGCCCAGGAGUACAAGGAGACGUUCCAGGCCCAUUUGGAGACUCUGAAGGAAGAGAAAGAAAAGCUGAAGGGAUUUAAAGUGACUGACGAGGGGACAAGCCAGCAGUAUCGGAUACAGACAGAAAAGGAGAGGCGGGAGAUUGUGUCUGAGUUUCAGCAACUGAAGACGUUUCUGGAGGAAGAAGAGCGACUCCUGCUGGCCCAGCUGGAAAAGCUGGACGAGGAGAUUGUGAAGCUACAGCAUGACAACGUCACUCAACUCUCUGAGGAGAUUUCCCGUCUCAGCGAGCUGAUCCGUGAGCUGGAGGGGAAGUGUCAGAAGCCAGCGAGUGAAUUGCUGCAGGACACCAGAAGCACUUUCAGCAGAUGUGAGAUGGGGAAGUUCCAGCAGCCAGUGGAGAUUUCUCCGGAGCUGGCAGAGAGACGCAGCGAUUUCUCCCAGAAAAUUUUUGCUCUAACGGAGACUCUGAGGAAGUUCAAAGACACGCUGCCCUCUGAACUGGAGAGAAAAGAAGGGGAACCCCUAGAGUCAUACACACCAGUGAAUGUGACUCUGGAUCCUGACACGGCUCAUCCCGAACUCGUCCUCUCUGCGGAUGGGAAAAGUGUGACAUGGGAAUGCAGGCGGCAGGUUCUGCCUGACAACCCGGAGAGAUUCGACCGAUGUCCCUGCGUGCUGGGCUGUGAGGGCUUCACCUCUGGGAGACAUUGCUGGGAGAUGGAGGUGGAGGUGGGGGAUGAGGGACGCUGGGCGGUGGGGGUGGCCAGAGAGUCUGCGAGGAGGAAGGAACGGAUCAACCUUAACCCCAAGGAGGGGAUCUGGGCAGUGGAGCGGUGGGGGCAUCAGUUCCGGGCUCUCACCUCCCCUAUGACCCCCCUGGGCCGGGUCCCCAGCAGGAUCCGGGUUUCUCUGGACUGUGAACGGGGGCAGGUGACGUUUUCUGACGCGGUUAGCGAGGCCCCGAUCUUCACUUUCCCGCCGGGCUCCAUCCCCGGCGAGAGAAUCCGCCCCUGGCUCUUAGUAAGAUCGAGCAGUGGGGUCAGACUGUGUCUCUGA